AAACAAUUUUAUCUCGUCGGAAUUCCAUCCCUCGCCAUCGCGGUGCGCGCGAACGAUUAACGAAGUUACAAGAUUAACUCGGGCGCAAGGAAUGUUCUUCAAAACGCGAGUGGCAAUAUUUGUAACGUUCGCGGCCGCUCUCGUUGAUUCGUCUUGUUUGCCCUCCACCAUUUUUUCCCUGGACGAGGCCUCUCCGUCGCUUUUUCUCUCUAAAGCCGCGGAAAAUUCAUUUUUUUUUUUCCCCUCCACCAGCCAGCUCCACUGGCUGUCUAUUUUUAUACGCAACCGUCGCGCCGUCCUCGUGUGUACACGCGCGAGAUGCAUAACGUUGGAAACGUCGCUGAGAGCGAGAGAAAGAGGAGGCGGAGGAGAAGUGACGUCGAAAUAUGCAUAAAGAUGACCAGAGGCUGCUUCGAUGAAAAAUACAUGAGUGGCCUCUUCGGUGCACCCCGCGGGGGAACUUCGUUAUCGAGGUGCUGGAGACAUAUGACGUUGAACGAGAAUAAACCAACAGACCGGGACAGAUCCGAUUACGUCCUGUGGGAUUAUCCGUUGGAGGACAAGUUCACGAAGAUGUAUUUUGCGAUGAAAGACGCGGGAUUUGUUCCGAGCGUGGAGCAUGCGGUGAAGGUGGCCGCGCAAUGUAAACCGCACUUACGAAUUCGCUCUUAUUGCGGAUCGCUAUCGCCAUAAAGUGUCUCGUGCUGACGAACUGUUACUUCAGACAGAAAAUAGAAGAAGAA